AUGACGACCGCACCGCAGGACUCCCUAGUGUGGAAGCUAGCUGGGCUGCUGCGGGAGUGCGGGGACGUGGUCCUGUCUGGCUGUAGCACACUGAGUCUGCUGACUACCACGCUGCAGCAGCUGAACCACGUAUUUGAGCUGCACCUGGGGCCAUGGGGCCCUGGCCAGACAGGCUUUGUGGCUCUGCCUUCCCACCCCGCCGACUCCCCCAUCAUCCUCCAGCUUCAGUUCCUCUUCGAUGUGCUGCAGAAAACGCUUUCUCUCAAGCUGGUCCAUGUCCCUGGUUCUGGUCUCCCAGGGCCCAUCAAGAUUUUUCCCUUCAAGUCCCUUCGGCAGCUGGAGCUCCGAGGUGUCCCCCUCCACUGCCUGCAUGGCCUCCGAGGCAUCUAUUCCCAGCUGGAGACCCUGAUUUGCAGCAGGAGCAUCCAGGCAUUAGAGGAUUUGUGUGAGCUUUACCAUCUGGACAUUUCCUAUAACCACCUGCAUUUGGUGCCGAGGAUGGGACCCUCAGGGGCUGCUCUGGGGGUCUUGAUACUGCGAGGCAAUGAGCUUCAGAGCUUGCGUGGCCUGGAGCAGUUGAGGAACCUGCGCCACCUGGAUGUGGCAUACAACCUGCUGGAAGGACACAGGGAGCUGUCGCCGCUGUGGCUGUUGGCAGAGCUCCGCAAACUCUGCCUGGAGGGGAACCCUUUGUGGUUCCACCCUGCGCACCGAGCAGCCACUGCCCAGUACUUGUCACCCCGUGCCAGGGAUGCUGCUUCUGGUUUCCUUCUUGAUGGUGAAGUCUUAUCGCUGACAGAUUUUCAGACCCCUUCAUCCUUGGGACUUGGCCCCAUGGCCCCGCCUGUGUCCUGGCCAGUGGGGAGUACUCCUGAAACCUCAGGCGGCCCUGACAUAAGUGACAGCCUUUCCUCAGGGGGCCCUAUGGUCCAGCCCCCGCUUCAUAAGGUUAAAAGCCGAGUCCGUGUGAGGCGGGCAAGCAUCUCUGAACCCAGUGAUACGGACCCGGAGCCCCGAACGCUGCACCCCUCCCCGGCUGUUCUCUCUAAUCUUUUAAGUUACUGUGAAGAUCUGGAGGUCAAGGUGGAGCCGGAGCCACAGGAGGAAGAGCUGGACGAACAGGAGAGAGAGGAGGGAGGAAAGGAGGAACAGGAGGAGGAAGAGGAGCAGGAACAGAAGGAAGUGGAAGCGGAGCUCUGUCGCCCCAUGUUGGUGUGUCCCCUGGAGGGGCCGGAGGGUGUUCAGGGCAGGGAAUGCUUUCUCCGGGUCACUUCUGCCCACUUGUUUGAGGUGGAACUCCAAGCGGCUCGAACCCUGGAACGGCUCGAGCUCCAGAGUCUGGAGGCGGCUGAGAUAGAGCCCGAGACCCGAACUCAGAGAGAACCGGUGCCCGAGGGCUCAGAACUGCUCCCUGGGGCCCCUGUCCUCGUUCUGCGCUUCUCCUACAUUUGCCCUGACCGGCAGUUGCGUCGCUAUGUGGUGCUGGAGCCUGACGCGCACACAGCUGUCCAGGAGCUGCUUGCUGUGUUGGCCCCGUUCACCACCGUGGCUCCGCAUCAGCUCGGGGAAGCCAGGGACCUGCUGGGGGGCAGAUUCCAGUGUCUGCGCUGUGGCCGUGUGUUCAAGCCCGAGGAGCCCAGGCUGGGAUUGGACAGUGAGGAAGGCUGGAGGCCUCUGUUCCAAAACACAGAAUCUCCUGCUGUGUGUCCAAACUGUGGUAGUGACCAUGUGGUUCUCCUGGCUCAGUCUGGGGGAACCCCCAACAGGGAGCAGAAACAGGGGGAGCAAUCGCCAGCUCCCUCUCAGUGUGCCAGCACUGGCUGUGACCCUGCUGGCCUCAGUGACCACCACAGCAGGACCCAAAGCAUCCCACCUCAGGCACCAAUUGCCCAUGACCACUAUAGUUGGAGCCUCAGUCCCCCCCCUGAGCACCAUGGCCUCCGCUCUGUGGAUCACCGGCUCCGGCUCUUCCUGGAUGUCGAGGUGUUCAGCGACGCCCAGGAGGAGUUCCAGUGCUGCUUCAAGGUACCAGUGGUGUUGGCAGGCCACGCUGGGGAAUUUCCAUGCCUUGUGGUCGUGUCUGACCACAGGCUUUACCUGUUAAAGGUGACGGGGGAGAUCCGUGAGCCUCUGGCUAGCUGGCUCCAGCUGACCCUGGCCAUUCCCCUGCAGGAUCUGAGCGGCAUAGAGCUGGGCCUGGCCGGACAGAGCCUGAAGCUGGAGUGGGCGGCUGGGGCAGGCAGCUUCAUGCUGCUGCCCCGAGACGCGAGGCGUUGCCGGGCCUUCCUAGAGGAGCUCAUCGAUGUCUUGCAGUCUCUGCCCCCCACCUGGAAGAACUGUGUCAGUGCCACGGAGGAGGCGGUGACCCCGCAGCACCGGCUCUGGCCGUUGCUGGAAAAAGACUCAUCCUUGGAGACUCCUCAGUUCUUCUACCUUCGAGUGUUCCUGGUUGAAGGCCCUUCUACCUGUCCUGUGUCCCUGUUGCUGACUCUGUCUACCCUGUACCUGUUAGAGGAGGACCCUGCUGGGUCCCAGGCAGAUCCUCCUCUUCCAGCAGCAUCUGGCGAAGCCUCUGAGAAGGCCCUUCCCUUGAGGCUAGACCCUUCCGUGUGUGUCCGGGAGCAGCAGCCACUCAGCAGCCUGAGCUCAGUGCUGCUCUACCGCAUGGCCCCGGAGGACUUGCGGCUAGUCUUCUACGACGAGGUGUCUCGGCUGGAGAGCUUCUGGGCGCUCCGUGUUGUGUGUCGGGAGCAGCUGACAGCCCUGCUGGCCUGGAUCCGGGAGCCCUGGGAGGAGUUGUUUUCCAUUGGACUCCGGACUGUGACCCAAGAGGCUCUGGACCUUGACCGUUGAGGCUUCCACGCCAACCUUGGCCAUGACCUUGAAGGCCAUGCUGCAGAUGUUCCGUCUCUUGGUCUCUGGUCUGGCUUCCAGAUUCUGGCUGCAGACUCUUCCAGCCUUUGGGUGCUAGCCAGGGAGACCCCAGAUGACCCAUGGCUGAAGGGAAGGGUGACAGAAACGGUCUGGCCUCUGCAUGACCUGGCCUAAGGGGACAGGCUAAGUGCUCAGGAGGAAUGUAUUUCUUGCACUUUUUCUCAGGUAUU